CAAUGAGAAGCACAAAAUAUUCAGCCUUAAGUUAUGGGCCCCAUAACUACACCACACUGAUACAUUAGCGAACAGCCUAACAAACUCACAUGAUUUACUCAAAUUCGAAACAUUUCAUACUCUCAUGUGAGCAGUUUAUGAUGAGCAGGGAUUCGUUCAAGCGGCAGUUGAAGUCUAAUAAUGGAAACGUUGGACUGUGGCAGUCUAAUGCCAGAAAUUGUAUGCUCCUCAGUUUUUGCAGCGAGCAUCGUCAAAACCAGGCCGAAAUCAAGAUAUUAAACUUAUUGAAGCACAAUGCAAAGAGCGCUAGUAAUAUUCACACCGACAGAUUUUGUCCGAAAGAACCCACAGAUGCUCAGAUUAUAUUUGGGAACUGUGAUUGCGAAAAGUUGUUCUGCAAGCAUGGGUCUUGCAGAAGUCACUGGGAUAAUUCACGCAUUCAGUGGCUAUGGAAAUUGGAACAUCAGCCCUGGGAGCAGCCAAGUAGACGCAGCAGAUCAUCAGCUCCACCAGCUAUUGAAUUGAAUAGGGCGACUAAGGUGCGACAGAAUGCCAGAAAUGGAUGUUGGAGCUGGCUGCUUCGCAGCUGUGGCUGUGCCUCCGAUACGGAGAGUUUGGAUGUGCCCUUUACUCAAAGAUCUAUUCGUGUGUAAUUUACAGUUUUCGUCAACUCGUUUCGCUUUCAACUCUCUGUGAUAAGAUUGUAAAUUUCCCUGACACACGUUUGUAAUGAAAAAUAAUAUAUAUUUACGAAUUCAGGCGAUAA